ACUGGUGCUGAAGAGAUUUGGUUUUCCCCUCUUUGGACACCGGCUUGACCUUGCAAGAUGUACAUGCGAGUAGCAAGCCUCCUCCUCCUCAUGGUGGCCUCCACAGCUGCCCAUGGAAAGGGGUAUGUGGUGAAGAAGGUGAUGCCCUACCCUGUGAAGAGCCAUGUGGUGUCAGUAGCAGGUGAGCCUGGUCCUCCAGGUGAGCCCGGCCCUGAGGGACCUGCUGGCCCUCCUGGUGCCCCAGGUGAGAAUGGUGAAGGCCUGCCUGGACCCCAAGGACCUCCUGGACCUCCUGGUUCUCCUGGCCGCUCCAUUGCUGGCAAGCCUGGAUCCCCAGGUGGUCCUGGCAAACCUGGCAGCCCUGGAGAAAAUGGUGAGAAGGGAGACACUGGAGCCACUGGCCCUCAGGGACCUAGGGGAGUCCCUGGAUCUGCUGGAAGCCCCGGACCUGCUGGUCUGUCUGCUACUGGCAAGCCUGGACCUUCAGGUCUUCCUGGAGCAAUGGGACCUAGAGGAGAACCUGGCCUGAAAGGACAUCCAGGUGUUCCUGGACUUCCUGGUGCUAAGGGUGAUAGAGGGGUAGGAGUUCAAGGACCUCAAGGUGAUACAGGACCUGAAGGACCUAUGGGCCCACCUGGACAGCCAGGUGUGGGUGGAGUUGGAAAGCCAGGAAAAUCAGGUGCACCCGGUGAGCCAGGAAAGUCAGGUAGCCCAGGUAGAGAUGGUUCCCCUGGUCCUAUGGGACCCCAGGGACCCAAGGGACACACUGGUGCCCCAGGUGUAGGUCUUCCAGGUAAGCCAGGUGAGAAUGGUGCUCCAGGUCUGCCUGGUUCAGCUGGCCCUAAAGGCCACCAGGGACCUGCUGGAGCUACUGGUGCCCCUGGAGUCCCCGGAUAUGGAAAGCCAGGUGCAAAUGGAGAGAAGGGAGAGAGAGGGGCUACAGGUAGCACAGGUGCCACAGGUCCUAAGGGUGACCAAGGUCCAACAGGAUAUACUGGUGCUACUGGUGCAACUGGCCCCACUGGUCCUGGUGGACCUCAGGGUGAAAGAGGUUUCCCAGGUGAACCUGGUGCUGUUGGCCCUAAAGGUGACACAGGUGCAACUGGAGCUCAGGGACCUAAGGGACACAAGGGAGAUCAGGGAGCUCAGGGUUUCCAGGGUAAGCAGGGUUAUCCAGGUGCAGCUGGUCCUCCUGGACCCAGAGGUGCCACUGGACCCUCAGGUGACAAAGGCCAUGCUGGUGCCCCAGGUACCCCAGGUGCCCCAGGUGUUCCAGGACCUGCUGGACCCAAAGGUCAUCCUGGCCGCGCAGGUGAGCCCGGUGCUUCUGGAUCUGAUGGUGCUCCAGGUCCUAGAGGACCUGCUGGAGCUCAAGGUCCUGCUGGUGCUAAUGGCGCUAAGGGACACCCAGGUCUCCCUGGUGCUCCUGGCCCUGCUGGUUUGGCUGCCAAGGGUGUCCCUGGACCUCAGGGUCCCCCUGGUCUUCCCGGUGAUAAUGGAGCUGAUGGAGAGACUGGCCCAGCUGGUCCCCCCGGUCCUCCUGGUCCUCCUGGUGAGGUUGUGUUCGAGAAGGGUAUGGGCAUGAGUGAGGUCAUGGUCAAGUCCCCCAUGUCUGCUUUCACUGCAUCUCUGGCCACCCCCUACCCUGCUGCUGGCACCCCCAUUAAGUUUGACCAGAUCGUGUACAAUGCUGAGAAUCACUAUGACCCUGAGACAGGCAUUUUCACUUGCCAGGUUCCUGGAGUUUACUACUUCUCCUACAGCAUCCAUGUGAAUGGAGCUCAUGCCCUGGUGGCUCUGUACAAGAAUGGCCAGCCUGUUAUGUUCACUUAUGAUGAGUACAACAAGGGCUUCCUGGACCAGAUGUCUGGUAGCGCUGUCCUUCUGCUCGAUGAGCAGGACACAGUCUACGUCCAGAUCCCAGAUGAGGAGGCCAAUGGUGUCUUUGCCGCUGAGAAUGUCCACUGCUCUUUCUCUGGGUUCCUCAUUGCUUCAACGUGAUACGUUGAUACAAUAGUUCCCAGAAGCCGAACCAACUAAAUUUGCAAUCUAUUUCUCAAAGUAAACUCCCUGUUCAUUUUUCCUCAACCCAACAGGCAGGCAGUUCACCCUUCUUUGAGGAAUAGUUAGCAUCUCAACUUGAAAACUACAAGAAAAUAGGUGCUUAGAAGAAGGAAAACUAAUUUAUGAAAACAGGUGAUCAGGGAUGGGGGAAGCAAUCCACAAAGUUACCAGUGAGCUUUUGUAAUGGAGACAGCAUGUGAAAUUGAGGUGUUAUAACUGUGUUGUGUCCUGACUUUUUUUUUUCUUUUCCACUCUGUUCCUGUUAUACUGACUUCAACUGGUGACUCUUAAUUUAGUGUUUGUCUGUUUUUGUUUGUUUUUGUACAACCUUGUUUUUUUUUUUUUUUGGUUUGUUUGUUUGUUUGGGUGACCAAUAAUCUUAUUAAAAGUACACUAAUGCUUUUCUGUGCAACAUGUUGUAACAAAAUGUGACUUGAAUAUAUUGUGAAAUGGUAAUGGUCAAAUUGACCGUUAUAAUGAAAUAAGUCACCAAAAUACUGUCAAGCAAACACAAACUGUUCAACAACAACAUUGUUAUAUCCCUGGACAUGCAUUAUGACAUGUAAAGCAUAAUGACCAAAAAUAAAUGAUGUCUUAACGAAUA